CUUGCAAUCACACUUCAACAAGGUCACACCUCUCCUUAUCCAAUCAUGCCGGCAACGGCACCGGCGCCGCCAGCAUCGACAAAGGCGCCUCCGCCCACGGCCCCCGUCUGGAACGACGACGAAGACGACUGUAGUGACACCGAUUCCGAGUCUGGCGAUUCGAUCACUGAUGUCCACCUCGGCCUCGCUGAUGGGGAGCUCGAAGACGAUGAUGAGAGCAAUCCCCUCGUGUCAAGAAUAGGAGGCAAGGCGGCAUGGCUUCCAACAAAGUCAAUCCCACCCGCUUCGGUAGCUACAUGUCGACACUGUGACACAGUCAUGGAGCUUCUUGUCCAGCUCUUUGCACCCCUCGAGGACUCGCCUUACGACCGCACCAUCCUGGCUUGGGGUUGCGCGCGAGCCGUAUGCCAGCGUAAAGGAGCAGGAAGCCUCCGAGUGGUCCGCCACCUCCAGUACAACGCCCGCUGGGCUGCCAAGCUCGAAAAGAAGAAGGCUAAUCAACAGCAGAGGGCAGAGCGUAGACGUCAGCAGGAGGAGCAGGCAAAGAAAAGGAAAGAGGAAGAAGAGGCGAGGAGUAAAGUGAACCCUUUCGCCUCAGGCGCCUCAGCAAUGAAUGGUGGCGGUGGGCUUGGUGGGAGCUUGUUCGGUGGAGGCGGCGCUUUCGGAUCUGGCGGGAACCCUUUCUCGACAUCUGCCGCCCCUGCCGCCGCACCAACUACCGACUUACAACCUUCGGGCAAGCAGGACGCUUCCACCGAAGAGAAAGACGACGCCUCGGACGAGUCCGAUUCAGAAGCGGAUUCUGCCGCGGAGGACGAAGCUCGCCUUGCCGAAGAGCUAGCAAUGAAGGCUGCCCUUAGUACCGCUUCCGCUUCUCAGUCAAAUUGGGUCCCCUCCCUCGCUCCGCACUACGCUCCACCCCUCUACCUCAACACCGUCCCCGAGUCGUCCUCCUCUGCCCGCGCGGGCGACAAGGCAAGCAAGCUCACAAAGGAGGCGGCAGCCCUCAAGAAAAAGGCGCUGGCUGCUUCGGCGGACAAUGCGACCGAUGAGGAGCUCAAGGGGAUGGAAAAGGAGAGCUACGAAAGGAUGAUGCUCGUAGGGGUCGAUGAGGUGUUGGAGAAGUUCAUGGCGCGCGUGGGCGCUGAGGGGAGACAGGUAGUGAGGUACGAGCUGGGAGGACAGCCCCUCCCUUUCAAUGCUCAGGGCGAGCUCUAUGACACUCUUUGGCCCAAGGCGAAAACAGCUGGGCAUGGGAGAAGCUACGACCCUUCGAAGAUCCCGCCCUGUGAGGCUUGUGGGUCACGAAGGACCUUCGAACUUCAGCUCAUGCCGGCUUUGGUGCAUACAUUGAGGGCAGAUAAGAUCCAGGGUGCCGAGGGUGAGAAGGACCUCGCUACCAACGACGACGCUGCCAACGUCGACGCUGAAUCCCGUCGACGCCGUGACCUCGAAGCUGCCCUUGGCCGCCGCCUCGCUCCACAACCAGACAAGGACGGCAUCACCCGCUCUAAGGGUGACGCAGCUGCAGCAGCCGAUGGGAGCUCCACGGUCGCCGCAGGGGGGAAGACGGGCCUCUGUUGGUCCACGGCUAUGGUGUUUGUGUGCGAGAAGGACUGUUGUAUACCUAGGCCGGAUGAGGGGAAGGAGGGCGAGACGUGGAGGGAGGAAUGGGUUGGGACGCAGUUUGAGGAUUAAGAUCGAUGACUUUGGAUACGGCUUUCUCCCCUUGUAUAUGAUCUCGAGCAUUUGUACAGCAGCACUUCUAUACGCCUAGCAAACAUAUUCAUUACCCCGUCCU